GAUCAAUGCCAUCUUUGAGUACAGACGCAGACCCUCUCCAGGCACUCGAUGGCGGGGUCGGAGCACACGUCCGUCGGCCGCUCAACCGCUCAGCCGAUCUCAACCGUUGGCUCAUAAUUAUUGUAUCGCGUGGUUUGCAAAUUACUGUAUGCCACCAUUGAAGCUCCAUCAAGGCACAUGGCGGAUCUACCGGACCAUCUCGCAAUGCCGCCAGCGCCACCAGCGCUGAGGCAUCUGUCUUCUGGAAGCCGUACUCACUCGCGCCUCUUCACUAGACGUACUGAGCCGACCAGAGAACGCGAAGUCUUUCGCUAUCUACGACCAUGGAUCGACAGCUUCCAGGACACCGUCAUACCCCAUGUCGACCUCGCGACUCUGAAUGAACGCUCCCCAGCGGGCUGCAACGAUACCGCGCUUGCCGCAUUCGCUCAGCUGGGAGCAUUGCGACUCAAUGCUCAACGGUGCUUCAUCUCGCUCCUAUCCUCUUCGACUGAAUAUGUCCUGGCAGAGAGUACGAGAACGCUAUCACUUCAAUACGACGGUUCGCAUGCCAAACACGAUGGACUUGUUCUCGGCACCGCUGCCUUUUCACGCGAGGACGCCAUCACUCACCUCGCCAGCAACGAUUGGCGCCGUGCAUCAUCUGCCCGCGAGCCGCCGCCCUCAAAUGCACACUAUUACACCGAAGGCCAAUCCGCACAUUGGCUCAUUGUCAGCGACAUGUCUACCCAAAGCCGUUUCCUCGACUUACCUCUUGUACAAGGCAUGAACGACGACCCAUUGCGCUUUAUGUGCGCAGUGCCAAUCAGAUCCAAGUUAGGAUCUCUCGUUGGCUCAUAUUGCAUCAUCGACACCAAACCGAGGUAUGGCGUAAGCGCCGACGACAUGACCUUCCUCGAGGACAUGGCCAGUACAAUCACAAAUCAUCUGGAAGCUAUUGUGUCAACAGCCCGACAAGAAAGAGCGGAAAAACUUAUCCAAGGCAUUGGCUUGUUCAACACGGGCAAAGAUACAUUACGCCAUUGGUGGAUCACGAAUGAUGACGAGAAGAACAAUAGAGCCCGUGGUUCUGUCGAUGAUACGGGACCCAAUCGAUCAGCACAGAGUGAACGUGUCAAUCAUGAUCUCGGUCCCGAGGUCUCUGUCGAGACUCACGAACGGCACACGGUUCGUUCAUCACGAGCUGCCAACGCCUCGCCGGGCACCACGCAAGAUGCUGCUUCGAAAGACCUGCCCAAAUCAACUUCGGUGAAGGAUUUUGGCGCAGCUGACCGCGGUCCCCCAGCGUAUGACAAUUCCUCUAAGCAGGAAGAUAUCUCCAAGGCAUCACACGAGGACCAGCCUCCAGGAAUGUCGCCAAACACCGAAUCUCGAGAUUCACAGACAUUUCCGGAAGAAUAUGAGAACAAAAUGUUCAAUCUGCAGAGCGAGGUGAAGCAAGCGUACUCUAGAGCCAGCAACUUGAUUCGCGAAUCUCUGGGCGCUGAAGGGGUACUGUUCUUGGAUGCCAGUAUGUCGCAUGUAUCGGAGCCUAGGCCAAAAGCAACCAGUGGAGAAGUCGAAGGAUCAGCAUUUGCAUCGGUGUCUACGAACAACACAUCCGACACCACCGAUACCGACUCUCCAGAGUUCUCAAAGUCUCCAAGUUGCAGCGUCAUGGGGUUCUCGACACGAGCAAAGUCAAGUUUGAAAGGGUUUGUUCCGUCAAAGAACCAUCUCGGUCUAUCCAGAUCCUUUCAGAAGCGCCUCAUGCGACGAUAUCCUAAUGGCACUGUCUUCAAUUUCUCCGAGAGUGGGUCGGUAUAUCCUAGUUCUGGUGAAGAAGGCUCUUCUGGUGGCGAUGCUAGUGCAACUGGCUCGAGUGAAACCGUUCGAAAAGGCAAGACAACUCGUUCACGUUCUGCAAAGGAUGGUGAAGCUUUGAGCGGAAUCUUCAACGGAGCCAGCAGUAUCGUAUUUUUACCAUUGUGGAACGUAUCUUCACAACGCUUCCGAGCAACUGCUCUUGUCUGGGUGGCUACACCGCUACGCCAUUUUGAUGUGAGCGAGGAUGUGACUUACCUUCGUGCAUUCUCCAACAGCAUCAUGGCCGAGGUAGCUCGCUUGGAAACAAUCGCUGCCGACAAUGCAAAAACUACGUUUAUCUCUUCAGUGAGUCAUGAAUUGAGAUCUCCGCUUCAUGGUGUUUUGGGGGGAGUUGAGUUCUUGGAAGGGACGAACCUCGACACGUUCCAGAGGGACAUGACUGGCGCGGUGAAAAUGGCAGGAAUGACCCUACUUGACACCGUCGACAACAUACUCGAGUUUGUGAAACUUGAUCACAGCUCCCAGUCACAAGGACGGCGACAGCGAAUUGCUUUGGACCAAGGUAGCUGCUCUACUGGUAAUAAUGAAGUGUUGAUGGAUCUUGGCAAAGUCACCGAAGACGUCGUUGAAUCAGUCGUGAUUGGACGACGCUUUGAGGUGAUGGCCUCCAAUAUUCAAAGAUCGUUCGAGUCUGGCACGGAGGAGGAAAAUCUGCCUGAACCAGUCUCUGUAUUUCUUACAAUGCCCUCGCGCGACCAUUGGUGGAUCAAAUCUUCGCCUGGCUCGUGGACACGAAUAUUGACAAACCUCCUGGGCAAUGCGUUGAAGUAUACGAAAACUGGAUCUGUGCAGAUAACUAUUGACAUCGAGGAUGCAAUACAGACUACUGCAGAAGCCGAGUACCGACCAGUUGUUCUCACUGUACAGGAUUCUGGCAUCGGGAUGACUUCAGACUUCAUCAAAUCAGGGUUGUUUGCCCCUUUCCAGCAGGAAGACACAAAUUCAAAAGGCACAGGUCUCGGCAUGUCUAUUGUCAAGAGCAUCGUUGCAAACAUAGAUGGAAAGAUCCGUGUUUCAAGCGAGGUUAACAAAGGCACUAGAAUUCGGUUCAGUCAUGUGGCCAAGUUCUUGACCGAGCCGCCCAGCAGUGACGGUACUGAUGAUUAUGUUGCUCUUGCUCUCGGUGCCAUUCAUCAGGACCAGUUGUGUUUGUUAACCAGUAAGGACGAAGCAGAUGAACACGCUUUCAGAUCGAGAGAGGCAGUCCUUCGGAUUCUUCACCGGAGCUUGGGUCUUGAACCGUUCAAGGUCCAUUUCAAGGAGUCCGAAUCUUUAGGCAACUUUAACAUGACGGUCGAUCGCGAUUUGUUCCACGAGGCGGAACACGACCGGAAAGCUUUGAAAGCCUUGUGUCAGAAGGUCAUUCAUCCUCAGCGUCUCAUCGUCCUUGGCUCUUCGAUCUACGAGGACACAAGCCAUCGCGCCAAACAAGCCACCGAGACUUCCACAAUCUACAUCAACCAGCCGAUCGGUCCACGCAAAAUUGCCCGUGCCAUUGUGCAAAGUAUGCAGUACUCGCGUACUCCACUUGACAUGAGUAACAGAGGCCCAAACCCGCUUUAUGGCGUUUAUUCACGUCAAGGAUCCGUCUCCACACCGAGUGAAGGAUCGCGAACAAGAGCUUCCACACUAGCUCUCCAUCCUCCACAACCUUCAUCCGAAUCGUACUUCCCCACCACGGAAGGAUCUCCGCAACGAAAGCAACCACAGAAACAGAAACAGAAACGACCCGAAACGAAGAUGUCGAAACCAGAAAAGGUCGGAUCGCCCGAGGAAUCCUCAGCCAAAGAGACAACGAAACAGUUACUCCUCGUCGAGGACAAUGAAAUCAACAUGAGGCUCCUCGUCGCCCUAGUCAGAAAACUAAAACUCUCCUACCAAUGCGCAGAAAACGGACUCGUCGCCGUAGAAAGAUACACCGCCGACCCAUCCUCCUUCCACCUAAUCCUCAUGGACAUGUCCAUGCCCGUGAUGGACGGCUUCCGAGCCACCGAAUUAAUCCGCGCACACGAAAAGAAAAACAGCAAUCCGAAACAUUGCAUGAUUGCCGCGAUAACGGGAGUCACCAGCGAACAAGCCAGAAAGGAUGCUUUUUCGUCAGGGGUGGAUAAAUUCAUGGCGAAACCGAUUUCUAUGAAGCAGAUUCGGGCGUUGAUUGAGGAUAUUUGAAGGGAGAGGGAAGGAAGAAUAUUAUCCAGGGUGGGUUAGUUAGCUGUGGUUUUUUCUUCUUCUUCUCUUUACUGUUUUUUGCUUUUUUUUUAUUUUACGUUACUUAUAGAAACGACAGAUGGAUCACGGAACUCCAGGGAGGAGGGGUGGAUAGAAGGCGCAGUUGGUGGUUCAUUAGAAGGAUUGUUUUUUUCGGGGCUUUCUUGAGCGCCAGGUUUGUCUUUGGGGGCUGUUCUGAGUAUGCAUAUGAUGUAUAUAGAUGUAGGUUGUAGAUGUAGAUGUACCAAUGUAGGUUUUAGGAAAUGGCGGACUUGGGGAAAACGAACGAAGUUUUGUCGCACGCACAAACAAUCAGAAAGCCACUCAUGGUGUUAAAUCGUCCGGCC